AUGCAGGCAUGGAGAGGAAAGCGUUAUGCUUGCAAAACUGCCGAGGGUGCAGACGAUUUUGAAAUGGACAGAUUGAACCCCAAGAUGACAGCAGUUUCAGGAGGUAUUGGGAGACAUGAGAAAGUCACAGCCAACAGGGAAAAAGUACAGGAAACGAAGAGCAAGAAGGCUUCUCAUAUCAACUCUGCAUCGGAUGAGGAGGAAAGUAAGAAGACAAAAGAGAAUAAAGCAGCCCAAACAUGGCAGAAAGACAAAGAAAUGCGGAAAGGAAAUAACGAACGGGAGGAAGAAUUAAAACAUGAACAAGAACGUCAGAACCAGCGUCUUAAGGAACAUCUUUUUAAUGUCAUCAUGCAGACGAAGGAGAAGUCACUGAAUAUCGACAAUUUUCUGAAAACGCUGAAAUACCCUGAAUACUCUACGCCAAGGGAACUUCGGAAGAUUAUCGAAGACGAUGACAGAUUUCUCUUCUCAGGAAGCUCUGUGUCGCUGUACGUCAAGUUGUCUAUAUGCAAGGACCAUUUGAAACCGGAAGGCUGCCAUAAAGAACAUUGUCAAUCUUUGCAUAUUUGUGGAAAAUAUGUAUUUGGACUCUGCGGAGCUGCCGAGUGUGAAGAGGGGCAUAAUCUUAAGACAGACCACAACAACCGUGUUCUCAGUCAAUAUCGCUUGGAGAACAUAGAACGCCACGACUUGAAGACGUUUAUCGAGCAAGACACAGUUGUUCCUGAUAUAUGUGAGGAAUACAACAUCAAAUGCAACUGUAAAGAAGAUUGUUUGAAGAUGCACAUAUGUGCGGAGUACAUCAUGGGAACUUGCGACGAAUGCACAUUGAAUCAUAACAUCAAUGACUUGGCAUUGCUGAAAUUGCUGAAGCAAGCUAAUAUCAAGUUAAACCAAUCGAUAAAAGAAUUGAAGAUACAUCUGAAGAAGAAAUGUGCUGCCAGCUUGGUGCAGGUACUAAAGAAGAAGAGACAAUUUGAGACGGAAAAGGAAAUGCACCAUGCACAAUCCGUCAAAUAUCAACAAAGUACCAAUUUUACUGCAACCAAACUUGCCACAAAGCACAGGGAAGCUUAUCGUUUAACGUAUGUAGUGAACGAGAUGACACAGAGGAACUUAUGA